AUGGCAAAGGGGGCGUUCGCCACCGGCGCCGGCUUGUCCACCGUCGGCUUCGGACUGCUGUAUUAUGGUCAGAACUACUUGAUAUACCCCUCCGCUUUUCCUCCGGGGUCUCGCACAGAUGUGCCCAAACCGUCGGACUGGGGGCUUGACUAUGAAGAUCUGACGCUGGUCACUCCGGACAACGUAACCCUCCGCAACUACCUACUGCUCCAGCGCAAGCAUAUCCCCAACGCAACCCCGAUGCAAACCUACCCCGGAGAGACGGACGCGGACUUCGCGGCGACCCGGCCGACGGUGAUCAUGUUUCACGGUAAUGGCGGAAACGCGGGCCAUCGGGUACCUUUGGCGAGGAUGUUCUACAUCAAGCUGCGAUGUAACGUCGUCAUGCUCUCGUACCGGGGAUACGGCCAUUCCGACGGAUCGCCGUCAGAGAAAGGUCUCCGGAUCGACGCCCAGACGACAUUGGACUACAUCCUCCACCACGACGUCCUCUCCCGCACCCCUCUCAUCCUCUACGGCCAAUCCAUCGGCGGCGCCGUCGCCAUCGACCUCGCCUCGCGCAACCCGACCGCGAUCCGCGCGCUCGUGCUCGAAAACACCUUCCUCUCCCUCCCGCGCAUGGUCCCGCACGUCCUGCCCGCGCUCGGCCCCUUCUCCUUCCUCUGCCACCAGAAGUGGGACUCGGCGAGCCGGCUGCGGCGCGUGCCGCGGGAGGCGCCGGUGCUGAUGCUCAGCGGGCUGAAGGACGAGGUCGUGCCGAAGGAGCACAUGCGCGAGCUGUGGGCGAUCGCGGGGCGGAGGGGCGAGCCUGAGCAGGAGGCGCAGAGGGAGAGGGAGAAGGGCGCGGGGAAGGACGAUACCUGCGUGCAGGAGGGAUAUUGGACGGAGGUGGCGGAGUUUAUCAAAAAACUGGGGCGAUAA